UACUUUACUGAUCCUUUCCACAGUAGGAACAUCCAGCUCUCACUUUCCAUCCUGCUUUUGGGUGUUGGAAUUGCAACUGUGACUGAUCUGCAGCUCAAUGCUCUGGGUUCUGUUUUAUCACUGCUCGCAGUUGUUACUACAUGCGUUGCUCAGAUUAUGACCAACACCAUCCAGAAGAGGUUUAAGGUUUCUUCAACCCAACUUUUGUAUCAGUCUUGCCCCUAUCAAGCCAUGACCUUGUUCAUUGUUGGUCCAUUUCUAGAUGGGCUUCUGACUAAUCAGAAUGUCUUUGCUUUCAAGUAUACGCCUCAAGUGUUGGUAUUCAUUGUCCUUUCCUGCCUGAUUUCUGUCUCUGUUAACUUCAGUACAUUUCUUGUAAUUGGAAAGACAUCUCCUGUUACCUAUCAGGUCCUAGGCCAUCUGAAAACAUGCCUAGUUCUGGCUUUUGGUUAUGUUUUACUUCGUGACCCGUUUAGCUGGAGAAACAUUCUUGGAAUCCUGAUUGCUGUUGUUGGAAUGAUACUGUAUUCUUACUGCUGCACUCUAGAGGGUCAGCAAAAAGCCAGUGAAGCACCUGCACAGUUAUCACAGGUAUUACCUGCUCUUUACUUCUAUCUUGUAUUGUUCUUAUGUCCCUAGGGUAUUUCUCUUGAA